AUGACAGGAAAGCGGCCUGCCCAUUCAAGCCGGUAUUGGCGCCUGGCGGAGCCCGCCUGGCUCAUGGGAGCACCUGAUGUGAAGACAACUUCGACUUCAGAGUCUACCAAAAGCUCUACGGUUUCAUAUCCAAGCUCUCAAGGACUCCAUUUUACAGGCCCAACUCCAGCCCAGAGUGACCCGAUCGGAGUCCGGGAAAUUGCAGUAGUACAUGUCGGCGUGCCGUUCACAACAGCCCGGACAGACAAAACCCUCCCACGGGCAUUAUCCUAUCCCGGCACCGGAAUCGGCGAUGCAGUCUGCCUCGCCUUCCGAUCCUCAACAUCUUUCUGUGAGCUUCAGCAAAGGGCUCCACAUAACCGCCAGCUUUCCUCUUUACUCAUUGAUACCCCAGGGACCAUCGAUCCCCUGGCCAAUCACCCACAGCCAGGCCGAAUUCGUCAGCUCUGCAUCUGCGGGCUUUCUGCAGACCGCGCUGAUACAUUGGCGUGUAACGCGGAUGUGUAA